UCGGGGGGGUGAACACUUGAAGUGUGUUUCUGGUGAAUGAUUCUGUCUUCAUGGACCAAAUGAAUGAUGAAUUUAAUGCCACAUAUCUAACCUUCAGUGGACAUGUGGAACUGCACAGAUUCAGAUUUCUGUAUUUUCUGGUCAUGUUUAUUGUGUAUGUUCUAAUACUCUGCAGUAAUUCCAUUAUCUUGUGCAUCAUCUGGAUUCAUAAAAGCCUCCAUGAGCCCAUGUACAUUUUCAUUGCAGCUUUGUUACUAAACUCCAUUCUUUUCAGCACCAAUAUCUACCCAAAGCUUUUGAUCGACUUUCUAUCUGACAAGCAGGUCAUAACUCAUUCACAUUGUGUCUUUCAGUUUUUUGCCUAUUAUUCUCUAGGUGCAUCUGAGUUCUUACUGUUGUCAGCCAUGGCCUAUGACAGGUACGUUUCUAUAUGUAAACCUCUGCAAUAUCCAACCAUCAUGAGAAAAACAACAGUCAGUGUGUUGUUGUUUUGUGCUUGGAUUGUACCUGAUUGUCAAGUGGCACUGCCUGUGCUUAUGCUCACUAAAGUGAAACUCUGCAGGUUUACUCUGAACGGACUUUUUUGCAACAAUACAGUUAACCAGCUUCACUGUCUGAAUUCAAGACAGCUGUCAAUAAUAGGUGUAAUAGUCCUGCUUGAUGUCACAGUUCUUCCUGUGCUUUUCAUAAUUUUUACAUACAUGAGGAUACUCAUAAUAGCUUAUCAGAGCUGUGGGGAAGUCAGGAUAAAAGCUGCACAGACGUGUUUACCUCACCUGAGCUAUGUUUCUACAGGUUACAUGGCUUGA